GCCUCCCCGAGCCCGUCUUCGCACGCAGCAGCAAAAUUCGGGUGAUAGCUGUUAGGGGCGCAUAUGUAUAUAGGUGUUGGGGGUGUUUUAUUUAUUCUCAUUUUUAUUUUUUUCCUCUCAUCUCCGAUCUCCACAGAUCAGAGCUGCCGUUAAAAGUUUUGUUGUUGCUGCCGACGCGCGUUGUAGCGUAGCGGGUAGCUGCGAAGAUGGGAAAGGGUGGUGAAAAUCAAAAAAAAAAAAAAAAAAAAAAAAAAAACAAAGACGAGGGAAGGAGGAAAAGUCCCCCAUGGAGACGACACCCGAAGUUACUUCGGGAGUCCCUUCGCGGAAGACUGGGGACGCGCUUGCCAACCAACGCCGGCAACUUCCAGCGCGCUGCCGCUCCGCGGCUCCGCUGCUCGCGUCGCGACCACUUGCUCCUCUUCCUGCUCUUCGUUGGACCUUUCAACUGCUUUGCCAGUUACAGCCGCGCCACUGAACUCUUCUACAGCCUCAAUGAGGGGCUGCCUGCCGGGGUGCUCAUCGGGAGCCUGGCCCGUGACCUGCAGCUGCCUACAGCCGGAAGGCAGCACCCUACAUCUCCCCAGCCUCCCCUGUCCUUCACCUUGGCUUCUCGUGGCUUGGGAGGACAGUAUGUGCACCUGGACAACCGCUCUGGAGAGCUACACACUUCGGCCUUGGAGAUUGACCGGGAGGCUCUGUGCAUGGAGAGUGGUGGGGCCACUGUCCCUGGAGAGGCAGAUACUGUCUCCUCGUCCUCCUCAUCCUCGCCUGAGUCAUGCCUGCUUCUGCUGGAUGUGCUGGUACUGCCACAGGAGUACUUCCGCCUGGUGAAGGUGAAAAUUGCUAUCCGUGAUGUCAAUGACAAUGCUCCCCACUUCCCUGUGCCCCACAUCCACCUCUCGGUGCCUGAGAAUGCACCGGUGAACACCCGCCUGGCUAUUGAGCACCCUGCCCUUGACCCUGACGUGGGCACCAAUGGUGUCCAGACCUACCGUCUCCGAGAUAACUAUGGUGUGUUCACCCUGGAUGUGGAGGAGAACGAAAGUGGAGAGCGGACCCCCUACCUGAUUGUCAUGGGGGCUCUGGACAGGGAGACACGGGAGGAGUAUAUCACAGUCAUCAUUGCUGAGGAUGGGGGAACUCCUCCACUUGUGGGCAGUGCUACCCUUACUAUUGGCAUCAGCGACAUCAAUGACAACUGCCCCCAGUUCAGUGACUCUCAGCUCAACAUCACUCUUUAUGGAAAUUCCAGCCUGGGAACACAUGUGGCCACUGUCCAUGCAGUAGACCUGGACCUUGGAUCCAAUGCACAAAUCACCUAUUCCUACAGCCAGAAGGUCCCUCAGCCAUCCAGAGACUUGUUCCAUCUGGACGAAAGCACAGGAGUCAUCACACUAUCCAGUAAGGUUGAUGGGAACACUCCAAGGUUUCACAGGCUGAUCAUACUGGGCAAUGGUCCUGGUUGUAUCCCUGCUGUUAUCACAGUGCUAGUGACCAUCAUCAAAGUCAUGAUGAGGCCACCUGAAGUUGUCCCUCGUUUCAUAGCUAGUGAAGUGGAAGGAGUGGUGUACUUAAAGGAACUGGAGCCUAUCAACACACCAAUAGCAUUUUUUACCAUCAAAGACCCUGAUGAAAAAUAUAAAGUCAAUUGCUAUUUGGAUGGUGAUGGGCCUUUCAGGCUUUCACCAUAUAAGCCAUACAAUAAUGAAUACCUGUUAGAGACCACAAAACCUUUAGACUAUGAGACACAGCAGCUAUAUGAAAUCUCUGUAGUUGCAUGGAACUCUGAAGGAUUUAAUGUAAACAAAGUAAUAAAAAUACAAGUUUUGGAUGACAAUGACAACUCACCAGUGUUCUCUCAACAGCUGAUAGAAUUAUCGAUUGAGGAAAAUAACGUUCCCAAUGCUUUCUUGACCAAACUGCAUGCUACAGAUGCUGACAGUGGAGAAAGAGGGGAAGUGUCCUAUUUUUUAGGGCCUGAUGCCCCUUCCUAUUUUUCUUUAGAUAAAACCACAGGAGUUCUUACAGUUGCCACCCAGUUGGAUAGAGAAGAAAAAGAGAAAUACAGAUACACUGUGAAAGCAGUCGAUUCUGGAUUCCCUCCAAGAGAAUCAAUAGCAACUGUCACCAUCACUGUACUGGAUAAAAAUGAUAAUAGUCCAAGAUUUAUCAAUAAGGAUUUCAGCUUUUUUGUGCCAGAAAACUUUCCAGGUUUUGGUGAAAUUGGAGUUAUCAGUGUCACAGAUGCUGAUGCAGGACAAAAUGGAUGGGUUGCCCUUUCAGUUCUGAAUGGAAGUGAUAUUUUUGUCAUAGAUACUGGAAAAGGAGUUUUGAGAGCUAAAGUCUCUCUCGAUAGGGAGCAGCAAAGCUCCUAUGUUCUGUGGAUUGAAGCAGUUGAUGGUGGUGAUCCUCCCUUAUCUUCUACUGCAAAAAUAACAAUCCUUCUUCUAGACAUAAAUGACAACCCCCCUUUGGUCUUGUUUCCUCAAUCUAAUAUGUCUUAUUUGUUGGUUCUUCCUUCUACCCUUCCUGGCUCUCCCAUCACUGAGGUCUAUGCUGUUGAUAAGGACACUGGCAUGAAUGCAGUCAUAGCAUACAGCAUCAUAGGAAGAAGAGGCCCCCGACCAGAGUCAUUUAGGAUUGACCCAAAAACUGGUAAUAUCACCUUGGAAGAGUCACUCAUGCAAAAUGACUAUGGUCUGUAUCGGCUGCUUGUAAAAGUUAGUGAUCAUGGCUAUCCAGAACCUCUCCAUUCCACUGUCAUGGUGAAUCUUUUUGUCAAUGACACUGUUAGCAAUGAGAGCUACAUUGAAAGUUUGUUAAGAAAGGAACCUGAUAUCAAUAUAGAAGAAAAGCAGCCACAAAUAUCCGUAGAACCUACACAUAAAAAAAUGGAGUCAGCAUCCUGCAUGCCUACUCUAGUAGCUCUGUCAGUAAUAAGCUUGGGUUCAAUCACUUUAGUAACUGGGAUGGGCAUUUACAUCUGUCUAAGGAAAGGGAAAAAGCACCACAGAGCAGAUGAAAAUUUGGAAGUACAAAUCCCAUUAAAUGGAAGAAUUAACCUGCACAUGUUGGAGAAGAAACCAGUGGAGAUUUCUAACAUUUGAUGUUUCCUUGUGGAUAAUCCUAAUCAAUAUCUGAGAAAUCUUGGACAACUCUGAAACACCUAGCCGUGGGCUGUAUUGACAGGUUGCAGUGAAGGACCGCUAAUUUAUAACUUAAUAUAAAUGUAAAUAGCUGUUUACAGUUUUUUAAACUCAAGUUCAGUGUACAGCUUUUUUAUGGAACCUUAGUACUAACAGCUAGCACCAUGUCUAUAAAAACAUAGACAUCAUUUGCAGCUUUCAUUAAUCAGUAUGAUCAGUGACCGUAAAAAAAAGGGGGGGGAGGUAAGAAUUCUUUAAGCUUAAAAAGUCUUUUUAACCACAAGAGGGCAUCAGAUGCCCCAAAGCAGAGAACCGUCCAUGAGAUAGACAGUAUAUAUUUUAAAUAUAUUGGUUUUAGUAUAAAAUGCACAUCGGCAUACAGACAGUUACACACAAAAAGAGAGAUGUCUGUCCCGAUGUAUGUAUAAAUAAGAGAAUAAGAAUAUUAAAAUGCACUAUUAAAAGUAAAUAAAAAUAAAAGUAAAAAAACCAGAAUGUUUAUUACCUCACAAGUAAAGCUUACACAGUAGGAUAGAAAAGGCAUUAACAAGAAGUGCAAUUCCUGUUGAGAAAAAUGCAAGAUACUGUAAUGAGAAUCGGAACUGCUGUGACAUCCCAUCUUUCAUUUGCUUUAGAUUUCACCCACAUAUUCAUUUGUUCCAGCAGUAUGCUGGUCAUUUUUAUGAAAAAUUAUAUUUAAUGUUUCCUACAGGAAAUAAAGACAAAAGCCCAUGCUCAUCCUCAUAAACAUGCCAGAUGCAGGGAAGCAAGGGAAUGGCUAAAUCUUUCAUUGUCACAGAAGUAACAUUUUUUGUACUUUGAGCAAUGUCGGUAGUACUCCAUCAGUUUGGUUGUGCAAUAGAUUUUUCAUGUGAUAUUUCUGAAUCUGAUCUGCCAGACGAAAACAAAAAUUUCUUCAUAUUCUAGAGAAUUAUAGGACUUAGUUUGUACUGACUGUUGCUCCUUUCUGGAUUGGUAUUUCAUGUGAAAGAUCUUAUUUCUGACUUUUGGCUACCAUUCCUGGCUCCUUUUCAUUGGCUUUGAUUUUGGAUUAGAUCCAAAAUCUGACUUGUCAGACUGGUGGCAUAUUUUUUCGAUAAUUUAUUCUUUGCUGUACCCUCUGCAGCAAAGCAGCAGGUUUAUCAGUGAUGUCUCACUUUCACUUAGUUUUAAGAGCUGAAAACUAUCUUUUGUAUGAUGAUUACAUCAGAUUUCUGUGUGAAUGAGAUAAAUUAGUGUUAUGCUUAAAACUGAUUAUUUUGGUUUCUGGCAUCGUAUGUCUGUAAUGUACCAGAAGUGUUUAUAUGUCUGCAAAUUAAAGCUAUAUAUUUUCUUAAUAAUUUAUUUUCUCUUUCUAUCUUAUAAUGCUUAACGCUAUUUUUGUUACAAGAAAUACAUAUUUCACAAAUGCUCAGCUGCUGGCUAUGUUACAAUUCAUUGUAUUUCCCGGAAUUAGUACACUGAUUCUUUAUUGAGGAUUUGUGCCAUGCUUUUUGGUAUUGCUAGCAAACACAAUCCUAUUUCAGCUGAUGUAAGUUGGGCAGCAGCUGAUACCUGUUUUAAUAGAAGGGAGUGCAAUUUGAAGUAAUUUUUUUGGUUUUCUUUCUGUGAGUGGCACAUUGCUUCACCUCGGGCCUAUUGAAACCUUCUUAUAGAUGGUGAUUCUACUUAGUCUAUAUAAGUGUGUUAAGAUAAUGCUCAGACUUUGCCAUUCUACCUAUUAGAAACAGAUAUUCUUUUUUUCAGUUUAGAAUAUUUUCUGUUUAUGCACAGUUUCAUAGCUGUGUUUCACAAAAAAAUAAUUCAAGCCUGCCAAAGGUUUGUGGAUAAUCACUUUUUUCAUUUAUUUUAAUAUUAUGAAAAUAUGAGAAUGCUACAUAUUCCUGAAAUUCAUUUGUCACAGAGAGGCAUUGCCUAUUAUUUCUGAAGAAAAAUGAAAUUAAUUCUUUGCACCUGGCUUCUGUAUUACAUAUACUCUGGGGGAGGGAAGAUAGAUCUUCUGCAUUUUUUUCUUCAUUAAGGAGACAAGGUAACUGAUAAAUGGACAGGAUUCUUUUCAUUGCUCUUUUAUUAUUUGAAUUAGAAGUCCAAUAUCUUCUCAAGAUUAUACAAACAGGAGCAAACCCUUGACUUAUGAAAUAUAGUAAAACCUGAUCCUGCAACUUGUGUUCCUAUGACACUUGGUGGAUACCUUCAUUCCAGUUUCACAAAAACAGACUUACACCUCUUUAAUUAAACUCAUUUAGUUUAAAUGUGCA